AUGGCAUCGUCUGCAACAAAGCAAGUGUGUGUACAAUGUGAUAAGGGUGGAGGUAUUGCAAUGUGCAACGGCUGUCAACAGUCAUUCUGUAUAAAACAUUUUCUUGAACAUCGGCAAGAACUUUCUAUACAAAUCGAAACUAUUGGCCAAGAACAUGAUCUUUUACGGCGAGAUAUGGAUCGUGAUCAAUAUAUUCAGUCAUUAUUAGAACGAAUUAAUCGCUGGGAACAAGAAUCGAUCAAUACCAUCCAAGAAAAUGCGAGAAAAGCUCGAAUUGAUCUGCAGGAUCUGUUCGAACAGAAUAAAAAGGAAAUGAAAACGUCAGUUGAUCAACUUACGAAAGAACUUCGCAGAUGCACUGAAGCAGAUGAUUAUACCGAAACUGAUCUGCAGCGAUGGAGAGAGCAAUUGGAAGAACUUCGUCAAACAGUAUCGGAUACGUCGAUGAUUAACAUUGACUAUGAUCAUAAUAUGCGAGCUGCUCUUUCACUAAUACGAAUAAGCAUCUCACCUCAACAUCAACAACGACAGCAGUUAUCAUCUUUUGUUCAAAGGAUACACGCAAGAGAAACUAAUCAUCUUAUUGCCGAUCAAUUGACAGGCUUUGACCACGAGAAAUUCCUUGAUAUCCACGGUAAUAUUGUUCUGUCAUUGGAUAGAUCCACAGCAUGUUGUUCUGAAUCUCGUUGGGAUGGUUUGUGUGUGAGUGGUCUUCGUCGUUAUUCAUCGGAACAACAUCAGAUUCGUUUUCGAAUCGAUAAGAAGAAUAGUGUCAAUUUAUUUUUUGGUAUUCUCACUGCUUCACAACCAUUAAUAGCAAGAAUUACCGAGGCGGAAUCUGCAUAUGGAUGGUUAGAAUUGGAUUUUCCUCUGAUGAAUGGAAAAGCAGGAACAAAAGGUUGGAAUAAGAUUAUUAAUACAGGUGAUGAGGUAUCAUUAAUCUUGGAUUGUGAUCAUCGCCGCAUUCGAUUUCAUCAUCACCGAACGAACAUGUUAGUUGAUCUACCAGUCGAUCUUAGACUAUGUCCAUUUCCAUGGAAAAUCGUUGUAAGAUUGGAUACUCUCGGUGAUACCGUUCGAAUUCUCUGA